GACAGAAGACUGUUGUGAAGAUACUGCGAUUAAAAAUAUAUCAUCUCAGCUCGUUUCCACUUGAGUGAAAUGUCAUCGUCUGCUUCUCUUGGUGCUAAACACCGUCGCAGAAGGAAUCAUGCAGAAAUUGGCAAGGAGAGAAUUCACUACUGCUCACUGUGUGGGAAGAGUUUCGCUAAAAAGAGCUAUCUUCACCAACACUAUCAAAUCCACGGAAGAGCGAAAGCACACAACUGCUCAGAGUGUGGGAAAAGUUUCGCACGCUUGAGUACUCUCAAAAAACACAAACGGAUUCACACAGGAGAAAAACCAUAUCAGUGCUCAGAGUGUGGGAUGAGUUUUACACAACAAAGUACUUUAAAAAACCACCAGCGCAUUCACACAGGAGAAAAGCCAUAUUGCUGCUCACAGUGUGGAAAGAGUUUUACACUCCUGAGUAAUCUCAAGAUACACCAGCGCAUUCACACAGGAGAGAAGCCGUAUCACUGCUCGGAGUGCGGAAAGAGUUUUUCACAGCAGAAAACUCUCAUAGUUCACCAGCGCAUUCACACAGGAGAGAAACCAUAUUGCUGCUCACAAUGUGGGAAAAGUUUUACAAUUCUAUGUAGUUUCAGAAAACACCAGCGCGUUCACACAGGAGAGAAGCCACAUUCCUGCUCAAAGUGUGGGAAAUCUUUUGCACUGAAGGAUAAUCUCAUAAAACAUCAGCUCGUUCACACAGGAGAGAAACCGUAUUACUGUCCGCAGUGUGGGAAGAGUUUUACUCAGAAUAGUCAUCUUAAAAGACAUCAGCUCAUUCACACAAGAGAGAAGCCGUAUCAGUGUUCACAGUGUGGGAAAAGUUUUACAAACCAAGCUAGCUUUAAAUCACACCAGCACAUUCACACAGAUGGGAAGCCAUAUUGCUGCUCACAGUGUGGGAAAUGUUAUACACGACUGAGUACUCUCAAAACACACCAGCGCACUCAUGCAGGAGAGAAGCCGUAUCGCUGCUCACAGUGUGGGAAGCGCUUUACACAACGAUGCAGUCUCAAAACACAUCAGCGCAUUCACACAGGAGAGAAGCCAUAUCACUGCUCACAGUGUGGGAAGAGUUUCACUCGGAAUAGUAAUCUUAAAAAUCAUCAGCUCAUUCACACUAGAGAAACACCAUUAUAGUGCUCAUAGUGUUGGACGUGAACACAAAUAACAUUAGCGCAUUCAUACAUAAGAACCUACAGUAUAUUAAUGCUCAGUGUGUUGGAAAAGUUUUACACAACAAAGUAGUUCUAAAAGACACCAGAACAUUUACUCGUGAGAGAAGACAUACUGUAUACUUGCAGCAUGGAAAAUAUUUUAUGUGGAAUCUGCAGUGAUGAUUUUGACAUAUGAUGGUAACAUCUGCUGCCUGAGGAGAAGUAGCAAGACAUGGCAGAGGCACAAGAAAACUAAAUUAGUGACUGAUUUGAUUAGCUACAGUGAUUAGUACUAGUUAUUCUGACAUAUUUAAGUAAUACAAGUUACAAGUAGGUAUAGAAGAGGUUUAUGCACAAAAAGAAGUUGAUUUCUUUGCAUAUUAAGUCACAUAUAUGUGGAUGAAAUGACAAAUUCUUUACAUGUUUAUUUCCUUAAAAUGUAUGCCUAACUUAAACUGGUGACAUGAUAAACCUAGUUUGUCCACACUACUAUUUGAAACCCUUUUAUUUUAUAGUUUGCAGGUGAAACUGAUUCAAAUGCUUUCUGAAACAUCUGUUAAGAAGUCUUCAGUGUUUUUUCUUAGAGGUAUAUCUGCAAUAAAAUGUUUCUUCUGUGGUAGGGAA